AUGUCGAAUCAGCCAGCCUACGGCGAGGAACCCCCACUCCAGGGCUUUCGGAGGUCAUUUACUGUCCCGCAUCGACAAUUGUCCUAUCACGAAAGAGCCGGCCUUAAGGAUUCGGAUGCGGAUUCUGGUCUCCUAUAUCAGCAUCCUGCGGUCCGCAUAUUCAGCUUCGCGCCCCCAAGCGAGUCCAUCGUGUCGAAAUCCGGCGAGCGACACGUUGACGCCGACUAUCCCAUCGACACUAUCGAAACUCUGCCAUGGCGCUCCCGCACAGAAGACCUGAUCGCGUCUGGUCCGAUGAGAAUAGAAAAGAUCAAGGGAUCUGUUAACUUCCUCAAGUGUGGUCACAAUUUUGUCCACUCCAUUCUACGCAACUCGCAAAGCUGGUGUGUUGACGGCGAGUCCAAAUUUGUGUUGAGAAAAGGGCGUCUGCAGUACUACAGGAUCGAGCUACCGAACACCACCGCCGACGACAAGGCAAAAGUUGAAGAACUGAAAGCAGCUCUACCAACGGUCCUCAAGUAUGAGAAGACACCAUGUCCUUUCAAAAGAGCGUUCCACGUCGAUUUGCCCGACGAUGCCAUCACCCCGAGGCGCAAGGGAAAGUGGACAAGACGCGAAGGCGAGGCUGUUACAUCGCCCGAUGUCGAUUCGCCUGCCCCAAGGGUGUGGAAGACUUCGCGUCCACCGACCUCAUACACGCCGCCAAGUUCAUUCCCGGGGUCCUUCAGCAAGCGGCGCGCAUCCGACUACGUAUCGGACACGAGUAUGCCCAUCCGACCACUCCAACUGGAGAGGAGAAGAUCCGUUGCAGAAAGGCGCGCCGCCUUCGAAAAACCGCAACCAUCUUCCCAGCCGCCCUCACGACCUCGAACACCCGCAAGUGCUGUUUCGAGCGAAGAUCUCGGGCACGAAGACUGCGGAGACUCGGAGGCCGAGUCGACAGCUGUACGUGCCACAGACCAUGGGUCUCGCACAGUAGCAAACCAAUUUAGCGACGCAGAGAGAACUAUAAAUGGCACAGCCAAUAUUACACCGCUCGCGCCCCGAAUAGCCCCCGUUGUGGGUCAGCAACUUGAACAGAGCGCAGAACAUGAACCCAAUGUCGCGUCCAUCUCUGCGCCAGAUGCCCAAGUCAGCGCAGCACCCAACGAUCAAGCCCCGGCCAGCAGUAGCGACCCUGUGCCCACCCUUGUGAACCUUGAAUCUACGGGGAGCAGGUUCCCCACCGAAACACAAGGGUCCGUGGUCGAAAGCUCGGACUCUCCACAGGUUCAAUCUUUCUUGGAACCCAAGGUCGAGACGAUUGCUGGGGAUCUUAAACCCGUUUCCGAGGCACUAAAUGGCGAUCAAGGGAGCAAGCCCAAUUAUCUCCUUGAAAUACCAUCGCCCGAGAUCGCAGACGAUACGGAAAGCGUUGUUUCAACGGCUGACUCGUUUCAUACCGUUGACACAAUUCCCGAACAUGACCCUGUUCUAGUCGACACCGACCCGACGCCGAUGGCAGAACACUUCGAUCCUCUAGGCACAAGCCGUUUUUCACAUAAACGAGAUAUAUCCGACAUUACAGUCACUGCAUCCUCCCUGAGCGGCUGUCAGGACCAGCAUGAUGGAGAUCAGCCAGGAACACCUAAUCUGGUUCAAUCUACAGCGUCUGACGACUCCUGGUCAGACGUACAAACCCCAUCAGCCCAUAUCCAGGAUGGCUUGCGACAACGGCUGCAUUCUCGACGCUCACUGUCACCAUUACCUCCAUCCAGUAUCGUUGUCACUCCCCCACCACCGCAGCCAAGCAGUCAGGUUGUAACAGCCAUAAUCCAGAAAGCUGCCUCAAUUGCAGUCGUGAAGCCAAUCGAGAUGGUAGCGUUGGUUGUUCACGUGCUGUCCAGGAUAGCCGGCGGCGCUACUCUCAACGACCUUCUGAGCGGUGGACUAUUCCAAAGACCUCAGCAGCCACGCCGACAUGCUCGGAAUCCAAGCUUUCCUGACCAUAUCGCCCGCGAUGAUGACACGGAAGAAGAUGACUUUGGUGUCCCCAUAAGAGGGCGGACGCGGAGCCCAGUCUCAGCCGCAGCGAAGCCCAAGGUUGCGACGAUAAAGGAAAAAGAACGUGACACGGAUGUCGAUUCUCUGUUCGCAGACGAUCUCGAUUAA